AUGGCCGACGCUCCACCAGAUCUUGACACUCAAGAAGGUCUUCGAGAUGCCGUGGCGAAGUUGGACCCUGACUUUCAGGGGUUGUUGGAACGGAAAGGGGUUCCAGCAAGGACGCAAGGAGUGUUGAGCAACUUGGGUGUGCCCAGCAUCAGCAAGUUUGCAGCGUUGGCAGAGGCAGCCGGCGAUGUGAGGGCCUUCGCGGUGGACCACUGCCAAUUGGUAAGAGGUCGUGAUGUGGUGUCCAUUGCAAGCCUGGUGGACAGUUGGCAGGCAUGCACAACCAGGAUGCAGGUGCGGCACAAGGCAGAGGCGGAAGCCACAGUAGCGGCAUUGCCUGCACCUGUGAACAAAGUGGAAGCGCAAGAUUUGAAGGUGCGCUUUGAACAGAUGUAUUACAAAAUGGAGGACAAGGUGGCGCCGGCCACAGCAACUUUGGAGCACGUCUUCGACCAGGUGGAGGCUGGCGAGUGGAAGAAUAUGGCCUUGGUGCAGUUCCUGUCCAAGGACGAUGCCGAUGCAGAGCCGCUGGCAGCGGUCAUCGACCGUUCUGGCAAUGUGCGAGUGAAGAAGGGUCACGGGGAGACCAAACCACCCAAGACGCCUGAGGAGUUGAGGCAACGUUUGAAGUUGGUGGGGCACACCUAUGUGAUGACCCAGCUGAAGUUCCCGAACCGGGCUGUGCUGCGUGGUCUGGACCCCAACAUCUUUAUGAAGCUGGCGGACUAUUUGUUGGGGGAACAUGUUCAUGGCCUGUCGGCAAAAGACGAGAAGGGCGAGGUGAUCUCACGGCCCUCCUUCGAGCUGGUGCUUUCCUACGAGUACCAGAUUCGCAAGUUUGCCACGAAGGCGAUGAACGAAGGUACCCCCAUGAUCACAGCAUUGGAAGAAGGAAUGAAAGACACCACAACUAAGGCUGAAGUCAAGAUCUCCGAGGAGGGGAGACUCUCCGGAGAAAGGACACAGCAGGAGCUGGGGCCAAAGCCGAGUCCAAGUGAAGGACAAUUAGAGUCAGGGACAGGAGAGAAGCCUUCUGUCGAGAACGCCAAGACGGGUGAAGCACUACGAAGUUUCACGCUGAAAGUCCUGUACCUGUUUGCAGGGGCAGAACGUAAGACAUCAGUUGUCUCAUACUUGAAAUCCAUGGCGGCUAAAAAGGGCUGGGCUGUGGAUGCACUGGAAGUGGACCUCAAACGAGGUGAUCAUUUCGAUCUUACACAGGUGCGCCAAUAUGCGAGGACCUCCAACUUUGAGGACCAAGGAUCAUUUGUGGGGGUUCCCAUGGGUGAAGAGAUUCGAAAAGGAUCUCGAGCUGGGCAAUGCAUUGGUACGGAUGCCUAUCCACCCAAGCUGGACGAGGCUAUAGCUGCAGCUAUUAUGGCCGAGUUCAGCGGUCCUUCCACCUCCGGGUCCGUUGGAGGGGGUGGUUGCCCAGAGGUGAAAGGCCAAUCGAGUGGAGUGGUUCCGUUCGAACCAGGUAGAAGAAACCAACGGUCAUCUGGAACGGAUCCAGAUGAAAACGGCGUGGAUAAGAAGAGGAAGCUAGGAGAGAACCCUCUUGACAAGUCUUCUGACGUAAGGUCAAGGGAGGACAGCUCGGGGGAAGCGGAAAGUGUUCCCAUCGAGAGUCCAGCCAGGGCAGGACACGGUGUGCCAAUUCGGUGUUGGUACAAAGGGAAGGAGAGGUCCAUCCACGACGGGGGAGGACUGUGUUCGCCGGGGAGGUGGCCGGGGAAACAAAGGAGGCAGCUCUCCAGUGAAUCAGCACUGGGGUUGGCAUCUUGUUGCAAGGGGGAGUUUCUGAAAUGGGUGCUUAGCAUUUGCAACAAGAAGGGCGAUGCGGUCAAAGAAGUGUUUUGGUCGCUGGCAGGGGGGAAGGGUCUGACGUCUCCCUUCUCGGAAGUCAUUCAAGAGGCCAGAGAGUCUCUGGACAGGAAGCUGGAACUCUUGGGUAAGUCUCCCAGGAGAAGGUCUGGAGACAGGUGCUCGGAAGUGAACUUCAGGAGAUUGGCGGCGGCUCUUGAGGUAGUGGAGGACGAGGACUUCGAGUGGCUGGAAGCGGCAGCUAGCUCAGGAGUUCGCUUGGGCGUGGAUCAGACCAUGCCUCGUGUCCCAGCGGUCUUUGAGGAAAAAGUCAAGUGGAAUUUGGACUUUACAGACGAAGAGUUCAGGGACACUCUGGCUUGCAAUUACCGGUCUGCGGAAGAAAAUGCGGAGGACAUUGAGCGACAGGUGAUGGAAGAGGUGGAAGCGGGUUCCAUCAUAGCUAUGAGAACAGAGGAAGCAGAGGAAAAGUACAAGGGCAGGUUAGCGGUGGCAGCCUUGGGUGCAGUGCCUAAGGAGCUUGGUUCAAGCGUGGUACGCAUCGUGCAUGAUGGUUCCUACUCGGUCGACAUUAAUCAUAGGAUUAAAGUAAGGGAUAGGAUGCGCUUCCCUAUGGUGGACGACGCUGGGGGUGUGCUUUUGCAGGUGGAGAAGGAGGUCGAGGAGGCUCAAGGGGCUAUGCGGUGCUCGCUCCUCUACGACAUUUCCAGGGCUCAUAAACUUUUACCAGUAGACGAGCAAGACUGGGGCCUGCAAGGUUUUAGAUUGCCUGCGGGCAAACAGGGUACCGUGUUUCUACACACCAGAGGCACGUUUGGCGUGGCUUCAGCUGCCUACCAUUGGCAGAGGCUUGCGGCAUGUUUGGUGAGGUUGGUGCACAGGUUGGGAGGUUUUGAUCUCGGCCUGCUGCACCUAUUAUUCGCCGACGAUGGAUGGCUCACAGCAUUGGCCCCCUCCUUUUGGAGAAGGAUGUUGUUUUGGUUGUUUUGCUUGGAACUUUUCGAGGUGCCCAUUGCAUGGAAGAAAGUUCGUGGGGGUCUGGUAGUGCAUUGGAUAGGCUAUCAAAUCGAUGUGCAGAAGUUCACUAAAGGCAUUUCGGAAAAGAAGGUCAAAUGGAUUGUGGAAUGGCUUGAAAGACAUCGAGCUUCAGGCGGAGUGACUGGGCGCGAUCUUAAAUCAGCAUUGGGCCGAUUCAGUUUUGUGGCAGGGGCUCUACAGCAUGUCAGGCCAUUCUUGGGGCCCAUAUUUGCGUGGGCAGCGGUCCUUUCACCAGGGACCUUUGCCAAGUUUCCAGAUGCAGUGGCAGUUCUCUUGGAUUUUAUCCAAGGCGAAGUGGUCAAAGAAGCCAUGACCAGACCUAGACGUCUGGAAAGCCGUCCGGCAGAAAAGUUCCGGGUGGAUGCUAAAGCAGAAGCAGACUUGAUUGUGAUCGGUGGCUGGGAAAUUCCGGCUUCAGGGCGGACUGAGGAUGCUCGGUGGCUUUCCAUCGUUCUAAACAGACGCAAUGCUCCAUGGGCCUAUCUGAAGGGAGAACCGUUCAGAAACAUUGCGAGUCUCGAGUUGGUGGCAGUGCUGACAGCCAUCAUGUUGUUCGGGAAGGGAUGGGAGUGCGACAUGAGCAGAACGGUGAUGUCCUUAUCGGCUAGUACGGACAACUUGGGCAACACCUAUGUGCUGAACCAUUUCAUGUCGUGCAAGUAUCCGCUUUCCAUUGUGGUCAUGGAACUGGCAGUUCAGCUCAAGCGGCUGGGCCUAGAAAUGGAUUUGAAGUGGAUACCUAGAGGUCAGAAUUCCGAAGCUGAUAGCCUGACCAACAGUGAGUUCAUGGGCUUCGACAGCUCAAAGAGGAUCAUUGUUGAAUUUGAAGAUUUGAAGUUCGAAGUCAUGGACAAGUUGAUGGCCAAGGCGGCAGAUUUGGACGAUGAAAUUAAACUGGCGAAAUCGUCCAAAGAGGCCAAGGGUGAUCGCCCUACGGAGUCCAUGCACAAAAGAAAGAGAGGCCAAACUAGGUGGGAAGACCCCUGGUAA